AUGAAUGCUCUCUCCGUUAUCAUCAGUGGUAGCUGCUCUGCUGUUAUGUUAAUUCUAUUAGUGUCAUGCACUUGGUGUUUUAAGCGACGAAAGUCAAAUAGCAGUCGUGGAUCAUCGCGUCAAAAUUUUACGACAAAUUUUAUGAAUAAAGUAAAAUAUCAAAAAAUACACAAUACUACAAAUUCUUCAAAUAAUACGCAACUAAGUUCACAAUCCGUGAAAGCGCUAGGAUACGCCAAACUUGGAAGCGACAGUCAAGCACCAACCGUAACAAAAGUAACAGAAGAGGAGCCAGAAGAACAAACUUUAUCAGAGGACCUCGGCUCAAUACAGUUUUCUUUAAGUUAUGAUUAUUCUAAAAUGACGUUGAUCGUUAAAAUUAUGCGAGCAUUUAAUUUACCCGCGAAAGAUCUCGGUGGUACUUCUGAUCCAUUUGUUAAAACAAUGCUGUUACCAGAUAAAAAGCAUAAACUCACUACUAAAGUCAAAAGAAAAAACUUAAAUCCUGUGUGGGGCGAAACAUUUGCCUUUGAAGGCUUCCCAGCAAACAAGUUACAAAGUCGAAUACUUCACUUGCAGGUCUUAGAUUAUGAUAGAUUUUCCAGAAAUGAUCCAAUUGGUGAAGUAAAUCUCGAUAUGGGAGAAAUAGAAUUAGGAGACGAAGUAAUGUUUAAAAGAGACCUGCAGCCAUGUAAUUCCCGGGGCAAAUUAGGUGAUCUACUGCUGUCGCUAUGCUAUCAUCCAACCACCGGUGACUUAACAAUAGUUGUAAUGCGCUGCAGAAAUCUAAAGAUCAUGGAUAUUUCAGGGUCUACAGAUCCGUACGUUAAGCUAUCUUUAAUGUAUGGGGAUAAAAGAUUAGAAAAAAAGAAAACUACAGUGAAAAGAAGAAGUCUAAAUCCCGUAUUUAAUGAAUCAUUUAUGUUCAAUAUACCAUUUGAACGUCUAAGAGAUAUUUCAUUAAUUAUUCAUGUGAUGGAUUAUGAUAAGUUAUCAGCAAACGAUUGCCUUGGACAUAUCUCGCUAGGAACUCGAGCGACGGGUUACGAGUUAAAACAUUGGAAAGAAAUGUUAGCAUCUCCUAGGCGACCAGUUGCAAAAUGGCAUAUGAUACAUACUUGA